AUGACGAAAUGUGUCGGUUUAUGUACGGAUGGCGCCCGAGAAAUGUGUAGCAGGAACAGUAGUGUUAUUGUUAAAUUUCGUAAAAUUAAUCCUAAUGUGACACGGAUGCACUGCAAUAUCCAUAGGGAGGCAUUAGUAUCAAAGUCUUUGUCAGAUGAUUUUAGAAGUGUAUUAAACACGUCUGUAAAAUUAGUGAAUUUCAUUAAGGCAAGGCCGUUACAGUCCCGUUUAUUUGAGAAGCUUUGCAAAGAAAUGGGCAGUAAUCACAAAUCACUUCUACUUCACACUGAGGUACGUUGGCUAUCGAGGGGAAAAGUUCUUACAAGACUUGUAGAACUUCGCGAAGAAGUCACGUAUUAUUUGGACGAAAAAAACGAUUACGUAAAAUUCUUACGAGAUGAGAAGUUUAUUUUGAAACUUACAUACUUAGCAGAUAUAUUUUCCAAAUUGAAUGAACUUAAUUUAUAUUUGCAAGGGUUAGGCGAAGAUAUAUUUUCAGUUCACAACAAAAUUCGAGCAUAUAUGAAAAAACUUUUGCUGUGGAAAAAUAAUAUUGAGAACAAGAUGUUUGACUGUUUUGAAUCAUUUUCUAAUUUCAUAAUUGAAAAUCAAAUAGAAGUUGAUAGCAUUAUUACAUAUAUUUCUGAUCAUUAA